AUGUCUAUAUUUAAAGGCGCAAAGAAGGGUAAAGGUGGAAGUUUGACCGAGAAACUGGUCUUCUACACAGGAUCAGAAUAUGAUUACUGUAGUCAUGACUCCCUCAGAGAGAAAAUGAGCGAACAUAAAGGGAUUGACCACUCCGAGAAACUACAAAAAAUGUGGCUUUUUAAAAGACCUCUGAGUGAAUGGCAACGCACCCAGCUUGUUUGGAACCAUCAGUUUGUCGUGGUAGAUUCACCUGGUUGGUAUUGGUCCCUUGAGAGAGAAGGGGAAACGCUUCUCCUUCAAAGGAACGUAAAGUAUACCGUCGUUAAAGAUUAUGAAGUAGGAUGCCCCAGAUACGCUCCAGUAGUCGAAAUAAAACAUGGUUAUUGCAAAGGAACAAUGAAAGAUUUGAUUGAGUUUCUUUAUCGCAAG